UUGGAAUACUCUGGUCCUCGCGAGAGGCUACCGGAUAUCAUCAUCAUCAUGGCUUCCCCGGGUGAAAACGAAGCAAACACACGGCCGGCGUGGGGAAAUAGGCGACUAAACGACCCGACUCAGGUUUUCCAGCAUAACGCAUGACAUACCAGAGAUGCUAGGAUGAGGAUUGGGUUGGCUUGUCUUCCCCUGUUAGCCAGGAGGUUUGUGUGUGUACAGACACGCUUUUGUCAGACGCAGACUCGCAAGAGACCCCCCUUUGGCGAUCGCUACCUCACAGAUCCAAGCAGAGUAUUUGAACAUAACAGCUGGGAUAAUGUGGAGUGGGAUGAAGAUCAGGAUGCUCAAGCAAAGCAGAAAGUCAGUGAAAAUGCCCAGGACCCAGUUCCUCCUGAUCUGCAAGAAACAUAUGAAGCCAAGGCAGAUGAGUUCUGGAAUGACUUCUACUCCAUACAUCAGAACAGAUUCUUCAAAGACAGACACUGGCUCUUCACCGAGUUUCCUGAGUUGGACAUGAAUAGAGAUGGUGAAGAGGAAAGAGAAACAGAAGGAGCAGUUUGUACUUCAGAUGGAGAUAAGAUGACAGGUGCUGCAGCUGUUGACAAGAAUACACUCUCUGAUAUAAACAAGGAGACAGGAAACUCAGAAGAUAUGUGUACUUCCAAGGAGGUUGACGGAGAAACAGAAAGGACAAAUGUUGAAAAAGAGCCAAUGGCUUUGUCAUCUGACUCAACACACAAUCCUGCAGAAGACUGUGGUAGUGAAAAGAAUGCUGUUCUUGAUGAACUUUGUCAAACCUUAGGCCACCUAGCUGUCAGGAGCAGCAGUGCAGCAGUGGAGGAUGGGGACUUCCCUGGACAACAGGCCAGAACCAGGAUGUUUGAAGUUGGCUGUGGGGUUGGCAACACAGUGUUUCCUAUUCUUCAGACAAAUAAUGAUCCUGGUCUCUUCAUGUACUGCUGUGACUUCUCUGCUACAGCAAUUGAUAUUGUCAAGCAACAGCCUGACUACAACACCAGAAGAUGCCAUGCCUUUGUCCAUGACCUGACAGACACCACCUCCUCUCUACCAUUCCCUCCGGCCAGUUUAGACAUCAUCAUCAUGAUAUUUGUACUGUCAGCCAUCCAUCCAGACAAAAUGCAGUCAACUGUGGACCACCUUGCAAAGUACCUGAAGCCAGGAGGAAAGCUUCUGUUCAGGGACUAUGGCAGAUAUGACUUGGCACAACUCAGGUUUAAGAAAGGACGGUGUCUUUCAGACAACUUUUAUGUGAGAGGUGAUGGCACUCGAGUCUACUUUUUCACUCAAGAUGAACUCAGGACUCUGUUCGGCUCCGCUGGUUUGCAGGAAGAACUGAUCCAUGUGGACAGAAGGCUGCAGGUCAACCGAGGUCGCCAGGUCAAGAUGUACAGAGUUUGGCUGUUGUGCAAGUUUACAAAACCACUGGAUUAGAUAGAAAAAUGUGCAGCAAUCAUAAAUGCAGUUGUAUUUAAUGAUCUUUAAUGACCGGUAAGAUUCAAACUUAGAGGCUCCCAUGUUGUGCUAGGCAGAUAGAGAAGUCCAGCACAUUCGGUCCAUGGUACAUGUAAGUCUCACUGUAUCCUUCCAUCUCCUGUUCACUGUGUGGAGAUCCCGGGUCAUCGGCUGCUCAUGCCAGUUCAUGUUUGGAUGACCCCAGGCCCCCUCCUUCUCUUACCCUGUAGUUUCUAUUGAAGGACUUGGGUUGACCCUCAGGUCAAAAAGUACCAAAAUGGAAAAUUUAAAGUCAUGUUGUAUCCUUGAUUGUAUUUGUAGAAGUGACACUAGUGAGUUACAUGUAUCUGUGUUUUUUUUGCCAUGUUGUUUUCUUGGAAACAUGUUCGGUAGUUGCUGAAGUAAUUCCUGUGUGGUAGCCACGAGUGUAGUUUGCGACUUGGGAAGUGAUACUAGUCUAGCACACAAGUGCCACUUUGUGCAAGUCUUGAAUAUAGGAAUAAAAUAUGUGUUGGCUCAUAGUGAUACAUGUACCAAGUUUUGUGACUGAAAUUGUUAUUACAAUUGUUAUCAUGUCUAUUUGGAAAAUUUAGGCAUCUUGUUUUUCUUUAAUCAUCUUGUUUUUUCACAAUCAUCAAAUUCAGAGCCAGCAGAGGAUGUCAUCCAUAAUUUUGCUUGCUGUGGCCUAACCUGAAUGUAAUCCUAGUUAUUUUUACAGUCAUUGGUGACAAAUUUUUGAUGAAAGUUGUGACUUUCUAGUAUAUUUGUAAUACAAUGUAUCAAUUUAACAUCAUGAGUAAAGUCAUACAUAUAUUCUUGCCCUCCAUGCUUGAUCAUACUGAGUAGCAGUAAAACUUUCCUUAAAAUGUACCUUUCAGAGUAUUGUUUUAACUCUGAUGACGAAUUGUAGUGAAAUCUAUUGCUUCCUCAAUGUAUAUACGUAUAAAUCAAUCAAUUUUAACAUCAAUUGCUUUUAUAUUUAGGGAGUUUUUAAUCAAAGAAGGGGUCUAUCAAUAAAGAAUCAUGUCAUUGAUAAAAUUACCGUGCAAA